GGAACAUCUAGGCUGAUGAUCUCAGCCCUCCAGCGGGUACAGACCCAGCCAGAGAGGGCUGGAGGUGAGAGGCUGGCUGUGUGGAUCCCAUAGCCAGGCAGGGUGCAUUCUCUGGGGGAUGGAAGCAGCAGGACUCCCCUGUGAGCUCCACAGAUCUCCAGGGUGUGAUUGUGGAGAAGAAGAAGAAUAGCCCCGCUGUUCUCUAAUCCCUCCUCUCCUCUCUUCAUCCCUCUCUCACCCUCCCCUGCUUCGUGAAUUGAGGAUGAGAGUGAGGUGGGACUGCAUGUCACAUGCAUUGGCGGACUCACACAGAGACAGGGUCAUGUCUAGGUCACUCUUCCUCCUCUUCCUCUCGUCCCUCCGCUCACUCUGUCUGUCUAUCCAUGCGGAGACAGCAGAGAGCCACAGUACAUUUACCUGUGAGCCAAUAGGACUGCGGAUGUGCCAGGACCUGCCUUAUAACACCACCUUCAUGCCCAACCUCCUCAACCACUACGACCAGCAGACGGCCGCGCUCGCCAUGGAGCCCUUCCACCCCAUGGUGAACCUGCAGUGUUCGGAGGACCUGAGGAUGUUCCUGUGUGCCCUCUAUGCUCCAGUCUGUAUGGAGUAUGGCCGUGUGUCCAUGCCCUGCCGAGCCCUGUGCCACCGCGCCAAGAGGGACUGCCACAAACUCAUGGAGAUGUUCGGAGUGACCUGGCCAGACGAGAUAGAGUGUAGCAGGUUCCCAGACUGUGACGAGCCCUACCCCCGUGCAGUGGACCUCCAGACCAGUGUGGACCCCACAGACAUCUCUCCCAUGUCUGUCCAGAGGGACUACGGCUUCUGGUGCCCCCGUGAGCUCAAGAUGGAGCCCGACCUGGGCUACUCGUUCCUGGGCACACGCGACUGCUCAGCCCCCUGCCCCAACAUGUACUUCCAGCGCCCGGAGCUCACCUUCGCCCGCUACUUCAUCGGCGUGGUGUCUAUCGUCUGUCUCUCGGCAACGCUCUUCACCUUCCUCACGUUCCUCAUCGACGUCACGAGGUUCCGCUAUCCCGAGCGGCCAAUCAUCUUCUACGCCGUGUGCUACAUGAUGGUGUCGCUAGUCUUCUUUCUGGGCUUCCUAUUGGAGGACAGGGUGGCGUGCAAUGCGGCGAACCCCGCCCAGUACCGGGCAGCCACCGUCACGCAGGGCUCACACAACAAGGUGUGUUCUCUGUUCUUUAUGGUGCUGUAUUUCUUCACCAUGGCUGGCAGUGUGUGGUGGGUCAUCCUCACCGUCACCUGGUUCCUGGCCGCCGUGCCCAAAUGGGGCAGUGAGGCCAUCGAGAAGAAGGCCCUGCUCUUCCACACCUGCGCCUGGGGCCUGCCUGGCUGCCUCACCGUGGGCCUGCUGGCCCUCAACAAGAUUGAGGGCGACGGUGUGAGUGGCGUGUGCUUCGUAGGCCUCUACGACAUCACGGCGCUGCGCUGGUUCCUGCUGGCACCGCUCUGCCUCAACGUGGCGGUGGGUGUAUCUCUGUUACUGGUGGGCAUUGUGGCGCUGAACCGUGUGCGUAUGGAGAUCCCUCUGGAGAAGGAGAACCAGGACAAGCUGGUGAAGUUUAUGAUCCGUAUCGGGGUUUUCUCUGUGCUCUACUUGGUGCCCCUGCUCACGGUGAUAUCCUGCUACCUGUACGAACACAGCUACAGGGCUCUCUGGGAGACCACCUGGGUCCAGGAGCGCUGCAGAGACUACCACAUACCCUGUCCCUACGAGGUUGAGCAGACCAGUCAUCCAGACCUGACCCUGUUCCUUAUUAAGUACAUGAUGAUGCUGGUGGUGGGGAUUCCCUCAGUCUUCUGGGUGGGCAGCAAGAAGACCUGCUUCGAAUGGGCCAGCUUCCUACAAGGACGCAGACGCAAAGAUAGUGGGGUGAAUGAGAGCAGACAGGUGCUCCAGGAGCCAGACUUUGCCCAAUCUCUACUCAGAGACCCCCACACCCCGAUCAUCAGGAAAUCACGGGGAACCUCCACCCAGGGCACCUCCACCCACGCCUCCUCCACUCACCUGGCCAUCCUGGACGAGCCUGACGACCCUAGACACGCCCCCGACGACCGCGGACCAAUCCACUCUCUGGGCUACGCCGCCUCCACCCGCAGCAAGGCUGGCAGCGUGCACAGCAAGACCAGUUACCAUGGCAGCCUGCAUCGCUCCCGAGACGGACGCCACACCCCCUGUAGUUACAGAGGCGGCGAGGAGCGCACACUACCCCCCCACAGCAGCAUGCCUCGCCUCGACCAUCCGCUGUCCACUCACAGCAGCCUCCACCGACUGGACGCCCAAUCACGGCACAGCAGCCAGCGUGAUCUCUCCGUUGCCCCACCCACUCUUAUCACCCACGGGACGAGCGGCGGCCGCGUCGCUAGUGAUGACGACGAUGGAGCCAGCGCCUGACCGGAAUCAGGAAAUUAUGUCAUCACCGCAGAACAGGAAGUUGUCAGUUGUUGUCCCGCUCUCCACCUUUGACAGACACAUAGGUUCCUCCCAUUCAGGAGGAGGGGAUGUGAGAGGGAGAUGCUAAUUGCUAACCCUCAGUCAAGCAGUUAGCAUUGGACUGGGCUCCCUUUAGAGGGACUGGUUACAGAGACAGAGAGCCAGCCCACUAUGGAUGAAGUUGUGUACAGGGGUUGGAACCAAAAUUAUUUUCCAAUCGUUUCGUUCUGAACAGAACCAUCAUUUAUUUUCGUUCCAUUCCACUGUUCCGACCAGAAAAAUGAAGUUAUGAACCGGUUUGAACCGGUUCCUUUUUUAAACUUCUGAAAUAUUGUUUUUUUUACAUUUAGCUCGACAUUAAAUUACUUCACCAAUGGAUAGAGCAGUUUGCUAUGGAGCGGGCAAGCUAUGUACAUGCAUUGGACAGUCAAGUGUUGUGUAGGGUGCGAGAUGCGACAGACAUUUUGCGGGUGAGAAGAGUGCUGGGCAUGAAGCGUUGGGCAUCCUGUUGUUAUGACAUGCAUUAUCUGAAUUAGGCCCACCUACGGAGGAGCGACUUCUUUGAAUGUCUUUGAACUUCAGAGAGUUGGCUUGACUAACGUUGGACCAGAGCUAGCCCUCGAUCAUGACUCUCAGUUCCACAUAAUGCCACCUAGAGUUUAAGAGCUAGACCAGAUCUAGCUAGCUAACAAGCUUGUGUGUGCAGAGUGGCACCAGAAUUAAAAUAAAAGCACGUCUUACCUUUCUGUAG